GUAAGCCGUCGCUCUUGUUAAUGUUAGUCGGCACAGGUCUGUGAGAUCAAUACUUUGUGGAAAAAAUCAUUAGAACAAAAAUCAGAAGACUCUUAAAUUUUUUCAAUUAAUUUGUCAUAAAUUGGAACUUUGUAAAUUUUAAUUAAAUUAAUAUUGAAAAGUGUCAGUAAAAAGUGUUUUUCUUUGAAAGAAAAAUAAAAAACACGAGGAAUUCCAAAAGCAAUUUCCUACUGAAAUCGUAAAAACAAAUACAGAAAAAAAUCAACAUGGCUGCCCCAUUUAAUCUAGAGGAUUUGGCCAAAUUAAAAUCUUUUGUGGAAUUUGUUGCAGCAAAUCCUGCUAUUUUGAAUCUACCACAAUUGGAUUUCUUAAAAAAACUUAUUGAACAAUUGGGUGGUAAAGUGCCCGAGGGCACAUUCCAAAUGCCGGCCGGAGCUAAAUGUCCCUUUGGUGGUGAUGUGAAAUCUGAAAAUAAACCUACAACUGCUUCUGCUGAAGCCGAGGUAGAUGAAGAAGAAAUUCCCGAAAUGGAAGCAGAAUCUGAAGAGUCCGAAGUUGAAUUAGAUAUGGAAGCCAACAACAUGACUGUAUUAGAACCGAAUAUACUAUAUCUGGAUGAGAAGCCGCCAAAAAUUGUUAAAACAAAGAAACAAAAAACAAGUAGAAAAUCCCCUAAAAAAAAGCAUUCAAGCAAAGUGAAAACCAAACAAAAACAUUCCACAAAUCCCAGAAAACGAUCAGGAAAAAAUAAUCAAGACAAUGUUAUUAAAAAAGAAUUUUGUGGAUAUGAAGAACAGGAAGAUAAAAUGGAAAAUAAUGAUCCAGAUGAUCCUUUGUAUACUGCAAAAUUGGAAAUAAAAUGUGAACUGGGCGAUGGAAAUCAAAAUGAGACCAUCGAAUUUAAUUGUGAUGCCGAGGAACAAGAUGAUUUUGAUAAUGAUGACGAUCAAGAUCAAGAUUAUAAAUAUGAAGAUAAAGCGCUUGGGAAUAAAUGGCGAAGUGAUGAUGAUGAUGAUGAUGAUGAGGAGGAGGAAGAUGAGGAUGAUGAUGAUUACGAUGACAAUGACGAGAAUGAAGAUGAACCUUUGAUUGUGCUUGCUCGUCGUAAAGGUAGACCUCGUAAGAAACUACCAGAACCGGAUGAUGAAAAAAUCAAAGCUCCACGCGACGUUGUGUGUCGAGAAAUAUGUAAACAACGAUGUACAGAAAAAUUUACCGAUCAAGAGCGAAAGGAUAUUUGUGAUUAUUAUUGGAAUCUAAACAAAGAUGAUAGAUUGGUCUUUAUACGAAAACAUAUAAGAGCCAGGCGUUUGACCCGAAUGAUACGGGUAAACGCGAAUAGAAUUCGUGGCAACAACUGUGUUUAUUAUCUCAAGACAUAUAAAAUUGGCUGUGAAGAUACUGCUCCGGAAAGCAGUGCUGGUUUUAUACGUGUUUGUCGUAAAUUCUUUGAGGCCACUCUAUGCACCACAAAUCAUUUUAUUAAAAAGGCUAAUGAUGGAACCGUAAUGGAAAUUGAAAAAGAUUUACAUCUACUCAAUCAAAUGUGGGCAGCUAGAAAAAAAGAAAAAGAGGAGAACAAAGAACCUCAACAAAUUUUAGAUCCAGAAACAGGCAAUUUAAUUACUCUGGAUUCAAAAACAAAUAAAGCCCAAAAACCUAAAGAAAAAACUUCUUCCGAAAAUAAAACUGAAAAUAAACGCCAGCGGCGUAAACCCGGAGAUCCAGAGCCUGAACAUUUUCCAAAACCGAUCAAAUGCGCUUUGCGCUGCAUACACAAAUGUCACACGAAGUUUACAGAGGUAGAACGAAAACAAAUUUGCGACUUUUUCUGGUCUAUGGAUUAUAAAAGACGUAAAGAUUUCAUUUUAGCCAAUAUGGAAAUCAAAGAUAUUGAAACUCAAACGACUCCUGAUUUCCGUAAAACAGAUCGCCCGCCUCGUUCGUAUCAAACGCGUUUUUAUAUGCGUUCUGGUGGCAUGCGGGGUGAAAACUUGAGGGUGUGCAAAGACUUUUAUGCCAAAACCUUGUGUAUUAAUCGUUAUUUUAUUAAGAAUGCCAUAGAGUUUGCGGAUAAAACAACUGGCUAUUACACAGGUAGCGACAGACGCGGUGCUCACAUGUUUUGCAAUAAAGUAUCCGAAGCACGCAGAAAACCCGUAUUGGAACACAUCGACUCAUACCCAUUCUGGAUACCAAACAAAAAAUCCAAAACCAAAUAUCUACAUUAUUCAUUGACCAUAAAGAAAAUGCACGAAGACUACAAAGAAAAGUGUAUUGCCGAAAAUAAAGAGUUUGUCAAUUUGCAUUACUAUUACAAAACGUUCCAUAUCCAUUCUCCUCAUCUAUUGUUCCUAGCGAAUCCACAUCCUAAAAAGGGUGGUGGUUUUCUCAAAGCUAAUCCCAAUAUAUCACAUUACACAGGUGAAGAACCUGGUGGAUGUUGGGUUGAUAGCAAAGGCAAUAAACUCGAUUUACGAUCAAUUAAUCCAGCAAAACCCUUAGAUUCUAUUCAACAUAAUACUUCUGAAGAUAUUUCGCAAAAUACUACUUUUGCAUCGGGAAGUACUGAUGCUCAUAAUGUAGUAAAUGUUCUAAAUCCCGCUCCGUUCGUACCCCUUAAAUCAACAGUAAAUCAAGCUUCCUCACUUGCAGUAGUAAGACCAGAUUUAAAUCCGGCUCUGUAUGCAAAUUUUACUCAAGAUCCUAUAAACAUGUUUAGAAUGUUUUAGUUUAAUUUCGUGUUUAAUAAAUUUUAAGAUGCUUUUUUGUAAAAUAAAAAAAAAAAUAAUUAGUUAUUUAUAUAGACAUUUGGAGUCUGAGAAAGGUAAAAAGAAUGAUUUUAAAUUUUAAUUUAUGUACACAUUUGUAUUUUUGACGUCUAAGUCAUUUAAAGCUCUUGGAUAUAUAAAAUGUAGUUGUAAAUAUAAGGAGAUAUAAGGUUUAAACUUAAAUUAGUUUUAUUUAUUUAAAAUGAAAAAUUAUUAA